GAUGCGGGCUCCGGGACUGGGGCUGCGGGGCUGAGGCCGAGGCGGGCAGCUGCGGCGCGCGCGGCUCCGCGAGUGUCUCCUGCGCGCCGCGCGGCGGGGGAGGCGCAGACCGAGGCGGCGGAGGAGGGGGAGAUGCCCGGGGCCGCCGCCGCCGCCGCGAUGCUGCCGGCCCAGGAGGCUGCCAAGCUGUACCACACCAACUAUGUGCGGAACUCGCGGGCCAUCGGCGUGCUGUGGGCCAUCUUCACCAUCUGCUUUGCCAUCGUCAACGUGGUGUGCUUCAUCCAGCCCUACUGGAUCGGCGACGGCGUGGACACCCCGCAAGCCGGCUAUUUCGGGCUCUUCCACUACUGCAUCGGCAACGGCUUCUCCCGGGAGCUGACCUGCAGGGGCAGCUUCACGGACUUCUCCACGCUGCCUUCGGGCGCCUUCAAAGCCGCCUCCUUCUUCAUCGGCCUCUCCAUGAUGCUCAUCAUCGCCUGCAUCAUUUGCUUUACCCUCUUCUUCUUCUGCAACACGGCCACUGUGUACAAGAUUUGUGCCUGGAUGCAGCUCACCUCCGCUGCCUGCCUUGUGCUCGGUUGCAUGAUUUUCCCUGAUGGCUGGGAUUCGGAUGAAGUCAAACGGAUGUGCGGAGAAAAGACAGACAAGUACACUCUCGGGGCUUGUUCGGUCCGCUGGGCAUACAUCUUGGCUAUUAUUGGAAUUUUGGAUGCCCUGAUCCUCUCGUUUCUAGCAUUCGUGCUUGGAAACCGACAAGACAGCUUGAUGGCAGAGGAACUGAAGGCAGAAAACAAAGACGAUGGAAAUGCUUAAGGCAACCAAGGUAGUGUGAGAUCGCACCGUUUCUGCUAAGCCAAUAUUCUCUAGAAUGAGCACAAAACAAAUCAAAUAACAGCUAGACAAAUCGAAUAACAGCUUUUGUACAUCAACAUCAAGAAGGAAAAUGCUUGGGAGAGAUCAAAGUCCAAGGACUAAUACGCUCAAGAGUGAAGCAUCCACUCGUCAAAGCACCUUCUAAAUGUAGAUCCGCAGAGAUGGGGUGAUUUUCUGGAAAGAGAGGUGAUCACAGAUUAAACACCAGCUCACUGGAAACUGUCAUUGGAAAAGGUCAGAUAAUAUUCAGUGAAAAAUCAUAUUCAGGAAACAUCUUAAUGAAGAGGAAUAUAAAUGUGCUAGAAUUAACAUGUAAAAUGUGUAUGUACUGAGGUUUGUAAACUGUCCUUUUUUAAUCAAACCAAAACCAAAAAGCUUUAAUCUUUCAAUAGUAUUACAAAAAAAAAGGGGGCAGUUAGUUCUAGAUUAUUCCUAUCUCAGUAGCCAAGAAGCUGAUCAAGAGUCAUUUAUUGAGGAAGCAGUUUAGGAAAUGCCUCUGAUCUUUGGUUCUCUGUCUCUACUGUUCAUUUAUUUCACUGUGUAAUUAACUACAACCAUUCAGUUGUUAAGAAAUGCAACACUUCAAACUUUUUAUCAAGUCUGUGUUCAGUUGAACCUAUCUGUACAAGUUACUACCGAGAAAGUGUUUGCAACAUACACUCAGACACCACAGAGCUGUAUAUUCCAGGAAGUACGUCUUGACACCCUAGGUUCCCAAGCAACAUAGAUUUCCCUGACUUUCAGGAAACAGCAUCGAGGAACUCUGAAAAAUACAGAAAGCUUGUUUUUCCCUUGGACGCUCACAUGUAAUAUAUAGGCUGCUAACAAACACUUUUUAAAAAUUCUCUCUACUAUACGCAUAGGAAUUUAAUAUACUUUAUAGAUAUCGAAAAUAUUUGGGUUUUGUCCUAUUUCUUUGCCAUCUAUAUCAUCAAAAAUCCAUAUCAUUUAUUUCUCUGACUGACAGGCAUUUGCUUUUUAAAAAAAUUAUUCCAUUAAAACUAUUUCUAAGUGAUAGUAAGUGGUACUAAAAAAAUAAAUAAAAAUUUAAUAGCCUUAGAAAUAAAUGACUAUAUACUUAUACAGGUCAAAGUAACUUGGUAAGGAUAAGUUAACUUUUUAUUUACUAAUGUUGGUCCCAAAAUUCUCAGAGUUUUUUCUUUUUUAGUUAGCUGGCCAUUUGGAAGUAGUUACAGUUAACCAGUUGUUUAUAAAAACAUGUUGUUCCCAGGAUUCCCCCACCAUCUCCCUCAUUGCCUAUCUUACCAAUAUCCUGCAACACAGAAUACUUAAAAUUGAAAUAGUCCAUUGCCUGAGAAUGAAUGCAAGCUAAAAUGUACAUACAGGAAUACUCAACAGAAGCUAAUCCAUGUUCUAUACUCGAUCCAGAAACAUGAACGUACAAAAUGCCUUCAUUCUGGCUUGGAUAGAUUAAGAUCCACUUAGCAUAUAUCUCUAGACCAUCAGACUGAUGAUAACGUGGACACAGAGCAGGGCUGACUUCUCUAACCCUUUCUCUUUUAGGCACACAUUUAUGUUUCAGCCAGAAUUUUCUGGUACUGGCCAUGUUUUCAUCAUAGAUGGAAUAAUAUAUCAAAUAGCUAAAGUGUAUUACAGGUAGGCUCAAGUACAUAAGACCCAAUUUACAAAGAUGUGACUUUUUGAAAGAACUAAAUUAAGGGACUAGUUAGAAUCUGUAGCUACAGUCCUAGUCAUUCGGGGGAUUAUCUAUUGCUUUAAGUAUUAGCUGUCCUAUUGCAUUCAGAACACCCUACUUCCUAAAUUUAAUUACACACAACUUUUCAAGAAUUCAUUUAUUUAUCUCUCUAAAAUAGAAACAGAAAGUGUCAGCUUUCUCUAAUCCAUGGCAAGUACAAACUCCAUUAGGAGUCCUACAUCACUAAUAGUGGUAUUAGCAAAAAUGAAAAAGUACUUCCCAUUCAUGUGCAAAUGUUUCUAAGAAGUUUUUGCUGUAAACCUAAGUGUCAUUUAGCAUACCACAGUGCUAUGAAGAUAAGUCAUCGAUGAUGUACCAUUUGUACAUAGACAAUACACAUGUAAAUCACUAAAUGUUAAGUACAAGAAAGUAUGUUUUUAUCUUUUUAAAGAAAAAAAAAAGUGACUCCCUUUCUCAUUCUGUUCUGUUGUAUUCUGUCCAAAAGUUGUGUGUAAUUUUUUUAAGGUCCAGGAAAUGUAAAGAAAUUUGUUGGAAUAUCUGAAUUUCUGUAAAAAAAAUAAUAAAAAUAAGAUUUUGUUACUUAAGAGAA